AGAAUUGAAAAUAUUUUAGUUUCGAUUGCAUUAAAACAUGAGAAACAAUCGGCUGGAUCGAGCCUUUUCACGAGACUCAAACCGAAUCGAUUUCAACCCUGUUUGUUCCGAUAAAAUCUCUCUCGCAUUUCUGUUUGAUCAACUCGUACUCUCAUCCGUUCCGAAUUAUAGACCGAACCAAAUCGUUAUCCAACCCUCCUACGGGAACCACGAUUAUCAACGAUUCGAUGGCAACCCCCAUUAUACCCUCAUUCCAACUCAUCCAAACAAACAAGCCCUAACUAAAUUAUUUAUCAACAAAACCUCCCUACCCCGAACCCAUGUGUGGGUAUUAUAUAUAUACGUAGGAUACAAAAUAAGGUGCCAAACAAAACACAAAAUAAAAUUUUUCCAAAGAGAGUCCCUCUCUCCCAAAAACCCUCCCAAUUAAUUUUAGCUCCUCGAUAGUAACCAUGGGAGCGUGCGCCACCAAGCCAAAGGUCACCAAAGACGACCAGCUCCUCCCGGCGCCGGCGCCUGAAGAACCCACGAAACCGGCGGCGGCGGAUCCUUGCCAGGUGGAGGAGCCCAAGAAGCUAGAGGACCCAGCCUCCGCCACGGUGGAGGAGAAGGAAGUCGUGGUCGUCGCAGAGAAGAAAGACGUCGUGGAGAUAAAAACAGAGGAGGAGGCUAAAACAGAGGAGGCGGCGGCUAAAACAGAGGAGGGUAAGGAGAAUAUUACCGUGGACGAUGAGAGCGCCAGGAGACGAUCUCUUGGUCACCUUCUUAAAGAGAACACAGAAGGAAAAGAGACUGUUGUAGAAGAAAGCAAUGAAAAGCCUCCAAUUUCAGCAGAAGCGAAAGUAGAGGAGGCAGUAGCGCUUGAAAAAGUGAGACAACCACCGCCACCAGCCGCGGCUGAAGAUUGCAAAGAAACAGAGACCAAGACAGAGGCAGAGGCGGCUCCAGAAGUAAAAGCUGAUGAAGAAGUAAAAGAAGAAGUAGAGGAAGAAGAAGAGAAGAAAUCAGUAGUGACUGUGGUUGAGUCUACAAUUAAACGAGAGCAAUCUGCUGCUACUGAAGAGCCAUCUCCAGCUUGUGCUGAAGAAGAGAAGGCAGAGGAGAAAGCAGAGGAAGAGAAGCCGCAGCAGGAAGAGAAGGCAGUUGUUGUUGCUGAGAAGGUAGAAGUUCCUGUCGUGGAAGCUAAGAAGGAGGCAGAGGAGGAUGCAGAGCCCGUUGAAGUAGUUAAGGAAGCUGUUGUAAAUUAAAAUGAUGAUUAUUAUUAUACAAGGUGGUUUGAUAUUUUGGAUUUGGGAACAGUUUCUUUUCUUUCUCUUGUGGAGAAGUUUUUGGGGUUCUUGGGAUAUUUGGUUGUGUUCUUUUGAUUCAAUUGGUUGAUGAAGAUGCCACAUUUUGAUGGAGGGUAAAGAAGGAGUUUGAUUGUGUGUCUGUUAUGUGGGAUGGAAGUUUGUACAAAUAUUUAUGUGUCAUGUCUUCUAUUCUAUCCAAUUUUUAUGUGUUGAUAUUGGAUUUUUAUGAGGACCACUUGGUGACAUGAACAUGUGUAGACCAAACCUUAUUGUAAUUGUCGUUACAAAGGUGCGAACGACGGAAAGAGACAAUAUUUGAGCAUAAACUCGAAUACAUCUCACUAUUGAGUCCAGACUGUUAUCUUGAUAUUGUUGAAAUACAACUUGGUAAGCAUAACCAUGUCAAUCCCGAGAUCGAUUCUUAGACGGUGUUGAAAAACAGAGGCUUCGCAUUGUUCCUCUUCCUCACAAAGUAGUCUUACACUCGAUGAAUUGAAGUAAUGUUAUUUAGUCAUUUCGCUAUUUCUUUUGGAAAAAAGAAUCUUAAUGAAAUAUUCGAUGAAUA